AUGCGCACCUUGCGGAUAAGUUCGACAGGAAGUGACGGUGGAGGCGACGAGAGACGAGCAGUAUCUGACAUUCAAAUGGGGCUAGUAGCGGCAGUUGAGGAGGUUACCUCAUUGCGGUCACACGGUGAAUGUUCAAAGUCCAACACAUUUGUAUUCUGUCCACAAACUGCUACUUUGGGACCUCGCCCGCGGGUUUCCCGUCUCCCUCUCCCUCAACUCCACCACCAACUUCACCAAUUACUCGCUCAUGAUACAGAUUUGUACCGCAGAGGAUGGUCAAGUGUUUCAGGUGAUCCUAAAAUUCAUUUCGACCGAACCACAGCUUACAAAGAGCAGUUUCUGCACCAGGAAAUUGGAAUCGACCAAGACGCCGCACUUGUUUAUUUAUCUGACGGCCGACGAUUGACCAACACCAAUAUUAGGGAACUAGCUGGAGCACAGGGUCAGACCAUCUUCGUGUUCAAUAAAUAUUAUCUCGACUAUGAUUUGGAGGAAGUGCUGCGUGAACUCCGGGUAGAGGCGCCGUUGCAACUUCCAAUGGAAGAUGUGGUCUCUGCCACUCCCCCGCUACGCCAUUCUCAGGCUGCUGCCACUUGCGUUCGUAAUGCGCACAUACACAAUGACCACGUGAAACACCUAUUUGCCUCUCUCCAGUACCAACACGAGGCUAUUCGAAUAGCGUCGAGCAGUCUGGACUUUAACGUCCUCGCCAUCGUGGACACCUUUGACGGGAUGAGUGUCACCUCGCAACGCGAGCUGGAAAGGCAGACAAAGUUGCUGAAUGGCGUCGAAGCGGACUUGGAACUCAUCAGCAGAGUGCAAAUUCAUGUCGAAUUCAUGUCGAAUGCUGUGCGCAAGGCGAUAGAAGGCGGUGAAAGGCAUCGCACAUUGGGGGAUUACGUGUCGCAUGUGAAGAUGAAACAGGUGGCCGAGCUUUGUUCCCGAACCCACGAGGAUCUGCAGGUGAAAUUUGAUCAGGUAGAGCUGGCAGUCAAGACUCUCAAGGAAGGCACCGAUGUAGUACGCUCUUCAUUAUCAAAAACCAACUUGUUGGAAGACGCGGAAGCUUGCGCACGCCGAUCUCAGGAUAUACUUGUCAAGAUUGUCGACAGCGCAGCAGCACUUGAGAGUGGGGCCUCUGAUCUCGAUGUCGUCAUCCAAGAGCUGCAUCAACUCGAUGCCAAUCACCGGAGGGAAGUCCAGCUCAUAACAGAUGUGAAAAUCCCACCGAGUCUAGCGGCUCUUCAAGCAAGUUUUCGAGGCAAGAACAGUUUCUCUCACAUCCAACGCCUGCAUAAUAUGCUCUAUGCGUACGGCGCGACCGUCAUUGAGAUUGUCAGAAGAAAGGAGUUUUCCCGGUUUUUUUAUCAGCGGGCUCAAAGUAUUUUGGAAGUCAUGGCUAAACUUUCUGCCAGCGAGCGCAAACGUCGGCAAGUCUAUCGCGGGGAAGUACACGGUCAAUUACCGUUUGAGGCCCGAGGGAUGGAUGACCCUGUACCUACGAUUGACUUUUCGCCAUCUGGCAACUCAGACGCUGCUUACUCAUUCGAACGUGAAGAUGUUGAUGGCCUACUCCGUGUAUUAGAAGAUUUAGAGCGGUAUGCUAGGUCGACGGGUGAUCCUGAAGCCCUUAAGACUGUGCAGGAAUGCAAAGCAUCUCUUGACAAACUUGUCAUCAAAAUGGAUAGUUUAGAGGCGGGCUUUGACAGGAUUGCCGAACGUUCUCUCCUUUCAGCUUCACGGCUUUCUUUAUCCCGCCGACGCACGAUCGAGGCUGAAGAACAAGCAUAUCACGAACUCGUCGAAGAACUUCGUAUAUCUCGUGAAGCAAAGGCUCGUCAAGAUGCUGUAUUCCAGGAAGAACGUAAUGCUUUGCAAUCCGAGAUUCGCAGGCUGAAGUUGAGCCUUCAAGAUGUCGACUCGUCCACUUCAACCGAACAAGACCGUGCGGGGAGAUUGGAGAGAGAAGUCCAUCAAGUUCGUGCUCAGUUGGAAGGGGAAAUUACCGCACGUCGGAUCGUGGAAGAGAGAAACAGCGAGUUGCAAGCGGACAUUGAGUCUCAACGGAUCGCCAUUGCCAGAGCCCUUGCAGAUGCCACGGAGCAAUCAAAGGCCGCUCAGAGGUCGAGACAGGAGCUGGAGCAGGUGCAGUCUGAAUUUGAUGAGAUGAAGGAGCUCGUUUCGCAGAAUGAGAGCAAGAUAUCUGUUCUUGUCGAAGAACAAGCGAGAAACUUACGCAAUCUGGAGGACGCGCGUGCCCGUGGAGAGAACUUGGAGCUGCAAAUCCAAGCUGCUCAGGCAGAGAGCGAGGAGGUUCGACAGGUGUUGAAGGCGACUAGCCAGGAGAAGGACCGGCUGCUGAAGCUUCAGGCUACUGAACAUGAUCGGAUUAUCCGGGAUCAUAUUGCAGAAGCGGACGGGGAUCGUGCUGUGCUUGAACGUCAGUUUCACGAGCUCAAGAAUUACCAAGAGGGUCUGGAGCGAGAGGUGAAGAACCUUAAAGCGGAUAUUGAGGUGGCUAAUGCGGAUGCGGUUGGGCUGCGAGAGGAGCUGCAGAGGGUCGAGCAUGAGCUUCGAGAGGCACGACAUGUUGAGCGUAUCCUCCGUGAUGACUUGAAAGCAGGACGGGCUUCACAAUCAGAUUUCGACCAACGCAUGGAGAAUGGUAAUCGACUGAUAGCGCAAAUUCUGGACGUUGCCAUCUGUUUCAGGAAUUCGCAUGUGAAAGCUUUGCAAACAGCUCAAGCCGCGUCUUCUCACCCAGCUUCGAAACAUGCCAAUACGCUUGCGGAAUCGACGACUUUCUCGCCGGGCUUGUUGCGGAUUGGGCAGCAACAUGACGAGCCAUCGCCGAUUGACCCGUCUGAUCCUGCGGCUGCGUUGGAGAUAUUGAGGGAGUUGGAUCAUGAUGUUUUCUUGGAGGCUGUUGCGAAGACGGGGUCGACGAUUCGGAAGUGGCAGAAGCAGUGUAAGGAGUAUAGGGAGCGGGCGAAAGGGAAGAUCUCGUUUCGCAAUUUUGCGAAGGGGGAUUUGGCGAUGUUUUUGCCUACGCGGAAUUCGGUGUCGAAACCUUGGGCUGCGUUCAAUGUCUCCUUCCCGCAUUACUUCUUGCAAGCCACCGGUCAUCUAGCUGAGCAGCUCAAGACAAGAGAAUGGAUUGUUGCUCGCAUUACUUCGAUUACGGAGCGGGUGGUUAAUCAGCAGGAUCCAACUAGUAAUCCUUACGGCCUUGGUGAGGGUGUCAAGUAUUACAUGCUUGAAGUUGAAGACUGGACGCAGCCGAGUGGCAAUAAACGCCGGGCUUCAGGAAGGAAGACAACAUCUGAGAAAGAUUCCCCAAGUUCUCCAGGAUCUGGUAGACUUGGAAACAAAGCAAUACCCCCACCAGAACUCGAAGUUCAAGACACACACCCUUCAAACUCCCAUCUAUUCCCUGUACGGACUCGGGCCAAUUCGUCACCGACCGCUCGGCCUUCGUCAUUAUCUCGUCUACUUGCACAAGCCUCUGUAGAAAACGGUGCCGAAAAUCCCACUGAGAGCCUACCAGAUGAUGAAAUUCCGCCACCUGAAUUGAGAGCAUCAUCGCCAUCUCCAUUACCAUCACCGGCUGUCUCCCCUCCUUCCCCGCCACAAAUAAUUGGUUCACUGCCACAACAUGUUCCAGGUGUUCACUCGCCCCUGCGGCCGAACUCCCGCGCAUCUCGCCUCUCUUCUACGUCUCGGUUUUCAGUUGGUCGGAUCCCUAACUUAGGUAGUGUGUCGACGGGUACACCCAAAGCCGCCCCAACUACCGCGUUGACUGAAGAUCCAACGGCAUCCUCUCCAACGUCAAAUGAUGGAAACCCUUUUCGCUCGCCUGUGGCUCCCUCGCCUGAUGAGUCUAUUUCCGACGGUCUGAAUAAUAUCGUCAACGGGAAUAGCAGCAGAAGGCGAACAACGUCCUAUCACAUCCCCCGGACAUCUCCGCUUGCGGUAGGCAGUGCGUCCACAUCUAGGGGCCCUGCUUUUUUGCCCGCGAGACCGUCUCUGACCGCCACUGCCACCCUUGCGAACCUGGCGAACAGCUGGGGCGCCUCCUUUGGCAGGAAGAAGAAAGCAGAGGUGGCGGGGGGAAGCCUCACGACCAAUGUCGAGGCUUUGGCCGAUGAUACCCGAACAACCAAUGAUACUUUGGUCCGAGAUAUGCUUAAACGCUUAAGUUAA